UUUUUUUUUAAAUCUCUCUCCGUCAAGCCUGGCGUGGAGUUUUUGUUGUUGUAUUAUUCUCUUCAAGGCACGAAUUUGCCAGUGACACCUCACGUGAACCUCCUUCACUUUCGCGCACUAAUCCUAAAAGAAGGCAUGAAGUGUUAAAUGUUAGAAACACACAGAACCGCGUGCAGACAAGGAGAGGGCGGAAACGAGAGAGCGACGCACGCGCUGCUCUAGUGCGUCUGUGCAAACACUGCGUUAAAGAGAGAGAGAAAAAAGAUCCAAUUUCAAAAACCAAAAACGUGCGCAGCACAAUUAGGCUAGAAAACCCCUUGUUUUUUCCAAUUUUUUUAGAAAAUAAAAUAAAGAAAGAAAUCAAACUGGCUCAGUGCGUGUCACCGCAGCCCGCUUUGACAGGUGCUGCUCAACCCGUUUGGAGGACUGCUAGCAGCAGCAGUAAAAGGAUGGCAUCAGAACUGGCAAUGAGCAACUCCGACCUGCCCACCAGUCCCCUGGCCAUGGAAUAUGUUAAUGACUUCGAUCUGAUGAAGUUUGAAGUGAAAAAGGAGCCGGUGGAGCCGGAUCGCAGCAUCAGCCAGUGCAGCCGUCUGAUCACCGGGGGAUCCUUGUCUUCCACCCCGAUGAGCACGCCUUGCAGCUCGGUUCCCCCUUCCCCAAGCUUUUCGGCGCCCAGCCCGGGCUCCGGGAGCGAGCAGAAGGCUCACCUGGAGGAUUUUUACUGGAUGAGCGGCUACCAACAGCAGCUGAAUCCCGAAGCGCUGGGCUUCAGCCCCGAAGACGCGGUAGAGGCGCUGAUCAGCAGCAGCCACCAGCUCCAGUCCUUCGAUGGCUAUGCUAGAGGGCAGCAGUUUGCCGGGUCGGCCGGGGCAGGAGGCGGCAUGGCCGGGGAGGAGAUGGGCUCAGCAGCCGCUGUGGUAUCGGCUGUUAUCGCUGCAGCAGCAGCGCAGAACGGAGGUCCCCACCACCACCACCACCAUCACCACCACGCCGGGGGACACCAUCCCUCCACCGGGGUCCCGUCCAACGCUAGCUCGGCGGGCAGCCACCAGCACAUGGGACACCUGGACCUGGACGACCGGUUUUCGGACGACCAGCUGGUGACCAUGUCAGUACGGGAGCUGAACCGACACCUCCGCGGGGUCAGCAAAGAGGAGGUGAUCCGGCUGAAACAGAAGAGGAGGACCCUAAAGAACAGAGGCUAUGCCCAGUCAUGCCGCUACAAGCGGGUCCAGCAGAGACAUGUUCUGGAGGGCGAGAAGACGCAGCUGGUCCAGCAGGUGGACCACCUCAAGGCGGAGAUGUCGCGGCUGGCCAGGGAGAGGGACGCAUACAAGGACAAGUACGAGAAGCUCAUCACCAACGGCUUCCGAGAAAACGGAUCCGGCAGUGACAACACCCCCUCAUCCCCAGAGUUCUUCAUGACGUCGAGAAAGUUCCUCCAUCUGUGAUAGUGACCCCUGAACCCUGCCCCCUGCCCCUUGACCUGGAGUCUGAGAAACCAUGACAGAGGAAUGGUGAUGUCUUACCAACGUCGCUCCAUGGCACCGGACUGCGACAAAGCACAACGUCCACACAACGUCUCCAAACCACCCAGAAACCAACCAACAGUCCCUGUACAGAAGUCCAGACAGACCCAGUCAUGACGAGAUUAUUGACAGAAACAAAUGACAACAAAACUAAACACCCAAGAAAAAGACUUCAUGUUUGAUUCAACUACUAAAACUCCUGGAUUCCCUCUUCCUCUGACAUCACCAGUAGCUACGGACGCAAUUCUGACUCAACAUGACAAAGAUACAGUACCUCCUCAUUGUAAAUAGCAUUUUGUAGAGUAUUCUAUGUAAUAAUAUGUAGGUUGGAGGUCUUUAACUGUAGACGGAUACUGUAGAGGGGAGAAGCGAUGACAGUGAGUCCCAUUUAGCGCAUGAUGUGAAUGUAAAUAAUGUACAGUAGGGCCUCUUAUGAAACAAAACUACUGCGUCUGUAUAUAGCCAUGAAACCAUACCUCUAUGUAUAUAGGCAUUACAUUAUACCUCCUUAUUUCUCCUACCCCCCUUCAAUCCCCCUAAACUAGCACAAUGAUACUCACCACUCUCUAUAUCUCUGUAGACAGACAUAGAAUAGAUAUAUACAGGAGGAGACUGGGGACACAGAGGGAAGAUACACAGUGUGUGAUGCAGGUGGCAACACACUGGAGUGAAAAACACAGGCCCACUUUGGCUGGAACUGGUGAACUCUCCCUGCCCUGCCACAAAGACAGUCAGAGGGGAUGUGUUGCCACUUGGACCGUCUCUCUUCUCCUCUCCCUUUAGUGUUAAACGACCACAGUUCAACCUGUAGCCACAGUGUAGCUAUUAGAUAAGAUGUAUUUGUACAUGUAUUUUAGUCCUUAGUGAAGUGACGGGUCCAGUUCAAAGGUUUGGCAGCUUUCUACAGUCCACUCAAUGUGCAAACUUGAUUGGUUUUCAUCUCCACUCCCUCCCCCUCCAUUCCUGAUUGGCUAGUCCUCCUUGCUCCUCUAGUCCUGAUAUGGCUAUUGAUAGUCCGUGGGAAUGUCCAUCAGACGGCCUGUAGGCCCGAAGGCCUCUCUGAGACCAGGCGCUCGCUUAGCUCCCACAGGCUGGCUGCAGUGGCCUGGUCUUCGGCCUGGGGGGAGGGUAGGCAGCGGAAACAGUUGUUGAUGUACAUGCCUCCAAAGCCCUCCAGCUCCGGAGCUACUGCACAGUACACUGUGGUGGCUGCCCCCUGUUGCUGUGAACACACAGACAGAGAGAAAGAGUGAUAGAGAGAUACACAUACACAGGUCAACGUGGAGGACCCUGAUCAACAUUAGCUUUGUGGGAGGAGAGGACCAUCAGAGAGAUACACAGAGACCCUCCCGUCCGCCAAGAGACAAAGGAGAUCCUGCCACCCUAAAGAUGCUGCCAAGACCUCCACCAGAAUAAACACACAUCUGGACUCAGCGACCCCCCCCCCCAUCUUUCCUGCAUGACCCCAGAGCAUCUGUACGAGACAGAGGAGGAACUCCAUACAAAUGGAGAGAGACAGAUAGAGAUAGAUAGAGAGGAUAAACUCCAUAGAGACACCCCUCUCUGCCACAGCCCAUAAUGAUGGGAUAGUGUUACCCUGUAUAUAUAUUUAUAUACAUAUAUUUAUUUCUAUAUUGUGUGUGAACAGGACUGCUAACUAUCCAGAGUGCAUGCUGAUGUAUAUGUGGUAAAUACAAUGCUAACUGUCCACAAAACCGCACAGAUCUCCGCAAAAAAAAAAUACUACAUUUUUAGAACGUCACAAUCUCCAUGGGAUGGUGACGACUGUUCAUUCAGAUUUAAAGCAAAACACACCAAAUUAUGUUGGCCUUGCAAUCUCUAUAGCUGCAAUAUUUUGAUGUUAUUUUGUGGAGGUUUUCUGGACAGAAGAUGUGGCCCACGGCGUUCUAGACUGGGGAGGAGGGAGCAGCUCUUCUCAUUGGAGUGGAGAGCCAGAGGGUUCUAUAAAUAGACUCUAUAAGAGAACAUACAGUAUAUAUGUGAUGAUUACACGUCUGUUUAUGUUCACAUCAUCUAGGGAUUCAUGAGGGAAGUCAGACAUUUGGCUUUUAUUUCAGAGGUUAGCCAGGGUAAAGAGAGACAUACACCCCUUAAGAGUAAUAUGUUGAGAAUAGUGCUCUUGUAAACACACACACACACACACACACACACACACACACACACACACACACACACACACACACACGCACACCCCACUGUCCCUUACCCGUCUCUCUUCUCUCUCUUAAAAAGAGCAGGCAACCCUCCCUACCCUAUACUCUCUAAUUAAGUGGGAAAUGACUUCUGUAUUUCUCUGUUUAACAUCUCAAAUCCAGUAUUCCGUGGUCUGUAGUCAUACUGUACUGAGACAUGCCUCCCUAAUUACCGUCACAGUCGGUAAUUAGAAGCGGAGAGGGGGAACGAGAAGGAGAGAGAGAGCGACAGGAAGAGAGAUUCCACAGCGUUUGAAACAGGCAUAUGAAGAAACAGACGUCAGAGAGAAUUACAGCCAGAAGUCAGGCACUCAGAGGGAUCUUUCAUAUAGCCCUGCUGCUGGCUAAAAGCUGCUGUGACGUUGUGAGAAGAGAAGAGACUGUUCCGGAGCUGACUUCUAUAGACACACAUUAAAUAGUUAUCCCUGGCUCACUGCUAUUUAUCUACAAAUGAGACUGGUGGAGAGCACUGAUGAGACUGCAGAGCACAGUUUAGUGCAGUGCACUGGCACAGCAGCAAAAGUCUGUACACACACACACACACUAAUAUACACCCACUUCAAAGGCCCAGCCUCAUUGAGACUCAUUUUAGCAUCAGCAGUCCAAGCUGGCAGAGCUUAACACAGGAAUAGACACACAUACUGAAAUAUGCCCAAACUGCUCCGGCACGCACACACACUGACACUCAUUAAAAUGUAGAAAGACACACUCUCACACACACCCAUUCACAGAAUAAAGUGCAUGCACACUUACACACUCUCAUUGAGAAAUACAGACACACUAAACAAACUUCCCACUCAGUGUUGGUAGUAGCAGAUUGAGGCAGUUAGAAACAGCAGAUGAAACAACUGCAUCUCUCUGCUGUCUCCCUCCCUGCCAGCACACUGAUAACUCUACACACCUCACAGGACUGGCAUAUCAAAGGCUUACAAAUGUCACUCAGUGUCUAACAGACACACAGACCCAGACCCAGACAUGCACACUUCAAAAGCAGGGUGGCACAUCAUUUAGCUAACUCUCAGUUAAGGUAUUUGCUUUAGAACCUACACACAAACUCAUUGGAAGAUGGAAUCUAUUUGCCUGCUCAUUUCACUCUGCUUCCAGGGUCCUCGUUUUCACACUGUUUUAGGUAAAGGGUGGUCAAGCAAUACAUUGGAAGGAUUAACACCUGAUCUGAAAAUACUACACUGCACAGCUGUGUGCUCUGUGUGCUCUGAGGGAAACUGUACACACGGCAGAACGGGAGGGAAGGAGA